UUUCGCCGGUUCUUCUGGUGUUCCGUGUGGAAAGUUUACCGGCUCGGGUGCAAAGUUUCAGUUCGUCUGCAAACUGGAGCUCGGGCGAGCGUCGACAUUAUGGUGUUUGCCAAGUCACUAUAAUUCCGAUGAAUCUUCUUCCAGUUGAAGUGCUGCUGACGUUACGGGGUAACUGUAAGUGUGAGUGUAGUGUGGGGUGCUCGUAUUGUCUCUCUGGGAGCCAGUUAGCUCGAGUUGUCAGCACGGAGUUCAUACUAGCUAGCUUGCCGGAGUGAGCUAGCCCCCCCCCCCCCCCUCCCCUUCUAUAACAUCGACUGGAAAAUGGCUUGUGAGCCUAAUCGAGUCCGGCUGCUAUGCAUGCUCUUGCUGACGUUCGCCUUUUUCAUCGUGGAGGUGGUGGUGAGCCGGAUCACCGCAUCCCUCUCGAUGCUGUCCGACUCCUUUCACAUGCUGUCGGACGUCAUCGCUCUGAUCGUAGCUCUCGUCGCGGUGCGCUUCGCCGAGAAGACCCAAGCGACCGAGAAGAACACGUUCGGCUGGAUCCGGGCCGAGGUAAUGGGGGCGCUGGUCAAUGCCGUUUUCCUCACGGCGCUGUGCUGCACCAUCGUGCUAGAGGCGAUCGAGCGCUUCACCGAGGCCCGCGAGAUCGAGCAGCCGCAGGUGCUCGCCGGCGUGGGAUUCGCGGGACUGGUGGUCAACCUGUUUGGGCUCUGCUUGUUCCACGGCCACGCCAGCGGAGGACACGGACACUCGCACGGGGGAAAGAAGAGCAAAGGCGCAAAGUCUCACCGGGCCGGCAACGGGACUCCAGGGGAAACCAACAUUUUGGUGGGGAACCACAGCAGCUCCACGGACGCCUGUCAAACCGACAUGAGCCCUAAAGAAAGCGCAGAGAUGCAGAUCAACGGCGGCGCUCAGUACGAGGACAUAGAUCACGACCACAAUGCAUCCUCACAGCUCAACAUGCGCGGCGUCUUCCUCCACGUGCUUGGCGACGCCCUGGGCUCCGUCAUCGUCGUGAUCAACGCUCUCAUUUUCAUCUUCGUGUGGCAGCCCUGCAACAAAGACGAGCUCUGCGUCAACCCAUGUAUCAAGAGCCACGCCACCGACCACUACCAUGGCAACCACACGCUGGUGGAUCUCAUAGGGGGCCCCGGCACACCCAGCACCAAGAUGGCGGGCCCCUGCUGGGUGCUCUACCUGGACCCCACACUCUGCCUCAUCAUGGUGUGCAUCCUGCUGUACACCACCUACCCGCUGCUCAAGGAAUCAGCCCUCAUCCUGCUGCAGACGGUCCCGAAGCAGAUCAACAUCCACCGCCUCAACGAGCGCCUGCUCAACCUCGACGGAGUCCUGGCCAUCCAUGAGCUGCACGUGUGGCAACUGGCGGGCAGCCGCAUCAUUGCCACGGCGCACAUCAAGUGCCAUGAUCCCACAUCCUACAUGGACGUGGCCAAGCGCAUCAAGGACUUUUUCCACAACGAGGGCAUCCAUGCCACCACCAUCCAGCCCGAGUUUGUCACAUUCAGUUCUGAGUCCCAGGAUUCCUUGUGCGAGCUCUCCUGCCGGACUCAGUGCGCCCCCAAGCUGUGCUGCGGUGCCAGCGACAAGCAGAACCCCGUCAUCGACAAGAAGACAGCUGGUGACCUCAGGGUCAUUGGCGAGAGCCCGGAGCCGGCCGCCCUGCCACUGGUGCAGCCGGAGGUCAUCAUCACGUCGGAGGUGGAGUCGUCUCUGUGAGAGAAACUGGAAGCUGGAUCAACUGCUGUUGUUCAAUAUGGGAAAAUUGGCUCCAGCUCUACCAGCGAGCAUGCAAUUUUUCAACCUAAGUCUUUUUGUCACAAGCCCCCUCAAUCUGGGUAUGAGUUUCCAAAAAGUAUCUGAUUACUUCCUUUGUUUUUAAAUCAAAACCAAAGGGUUGCCUGAUUUUCCAUAGUAGAAAUUGAAAAAUGGGCCAAAUGAUUGAGUUUGAUUUUAAUAAUAGUUUAGCAGAAUGUUUGGUAACAAGUAUCCAUAAAGAUACGUUUUCUUGUUAUUUGCCACAAUUAGUCAGGAAAAUUUGUUGAGACAAAAUGUAUAUCUCUCUCUUGGCACACCUCUCACAGCACACUGGUUUCGGAAUGAUGUCGUACUUACGGUGUCCCUCAAAGGGCCGUAAUGACUGAAAACCUUUUAACUGUCACCAUCGUAGUAUCACAUAUACGUACACAAUGAAUUUGAUCACAACCAAAUAAGCAUGCUAUAUUUUGAUUUAUUUUGAUGUGAGGUGAUUUGGUGAAAAUAAAACUGAUGCUUGUAUUUGUCCAAAAUUCACAAACUGGUUCUGACUAGCAAAAGGACAUCUUCUGUGGCUAAUGUUAUUUGCAAUGCUUGUUACCGAAUUCCCCAGUUACUUAAACACAACCAAUCAAAUAUUAAAACCAAACCACGCACUAUGGCCCGUUUUUCAAUUUCUAAGCCAAAAAUGUAAGUAUGAAAAGUCUAGUCUUUUUUUUUUUUUGGUCAGAUUUAAAGACCCCAAAAUAAUGAGUUACUUUUUCACUUGUAAAUUAAAAUGAAAAGACUGAUUGAUACACUGAUUCUUAUAGUCACUGGUGACAUGUCAGGGUUCACUGUCUUUGGAACCUCAUCCAUCCCAUGAUGUUGCUGUGCCAAAAUUUCUCUUCAGAACCUCAAAAUGUCACGCUCAUUUCAGCCUGUGAAUCUUUAUGCGUGUAUUCUCUGAAUCCCCUAACUCCUAAAAAUGGAGUAUUGUAUUGCUUAAUGAAGUAUUUAAGUUAUUAGAAAUAAUCUAUUUCUCUCUGUAGAUCAGGGGUGUCAAAUUCCAGUCCUUGGAGACAGCAUUCCAGCAUGUUCCCCUCACCAAACACACCUGAUUCAAAUGAUCAGUCCAUCCUCACAUUCUGCAGGAGCCUGUUAAUGAUCCUGAUUAAUUGAAUCAGGUGUGUUUAACGAAGGAAACUUGGAAACCAUGUAGGACUGCGGCCCCCGAGGACUGGGGUUUGACACCCCUGCAGUGUAGGCUUCUGCUCUCUUUGGCCCACCAUCUAUGCCGUGAGUUAGAAUUUUUGGCCUUUUUUUUUUGAUAAGCUGGAUGAACAUCUCCUCAGCCUGCCUUGCACUCACUGGCAAAAGCUUUGAGUGUAUCUGAUGUAAACCGCAACGACACGGCUGCAGUCAUUCAGGAUUUAAUGCAUCUCGUUGCUCGAAGACGAGCCCCGCAAUGUCGCCAGUCGGAUCCCCGUGGCGGCCAGUUGUUUGGUUGUGUUCUGUCCAAAAUCAAGAGCUCCAAUGUUGCAUCGUGACACAACUCUUCUCCCAAGCAUACAUGCAGUUUGUUUGUCCGCUGCUUUGGACAGCUGAGCACCCAAGUCCUUCUCGUGGCCUUUAAAUUGUCGAGGGAAUGAAAAGAAAAAAAAGAAAGAAAUCACUCUACAGUUUGUCACUUAACAAGGUGCAAUUGAGAAUUCCACUCCUGAUUCUAUGUAUAUGCAAUGUCAACAAAUGUGCUGGGAAGUAUUUUGACGUUUUCAUUUUUACAAUUUGCAGUCACUUUUACACUGUUGUAAGUACAGUAAUGUGAAAAUAUGAAUUACGUUUGUUUUGUUUUUUAGAUAUGAAAUGUCAGCUGAUGUUUUUUGAUAUGUUAUCUACAGUUGCUGUCCAUUGUGUCAUCUUGAGACAAAAAUAUAUUGCUGUUUGGUACAGUUGCUGUCUCUUGCUCUUUUGUAUAUAUCCAACUUUGACGGGCCCAAAAAUUUGUUGACUUUGUUGAAAUGCAUGUAAUUGAUUAGGCCAGCAACCCAGCAUUAUUUUGAUAAUCAAUUACCUGUUGAUUGAUCAAUCACUGGAAUUAGAUUUUUUUGAGAAAUAAGAUUUCCAUUCCUUUAUUAAUAAGACAUUAUUUCACAUUUGAAGGUGGAGAAAAUCCACAGACUCAUGAUUCUAUUUCUGGUUUAGUAUUUACAUCCAUCAGAACAUUGGCAAGAAUGUAAAAGCAGAUGUUUGUAAAUUUCUUAUUUUUUAAAAGAUCUGCUUUGAUGGAGGACUCAAGAAUCCAAAGAGCAAGGUACACAAACAAGUCUGUCCUGUCCUUAAGCUAACUCUGUGCCAUUUUUUAGCACCCAUCAAGGCUGACACGAUUCGCCAUGUUUAUUCAGCAGCUCCGAGGAAGAGUAUCUUUUGCUUUCAUUGUUUCUCCGUAAACCUCAUUUUGCAACCCCUUAUUUCUUACAAUGGACGUUUAUUUUUUAUUUUUUACACAGUGUGUAGGGUUUUUCUUUUCCUCAUUUUGCUACCCAGUAUUUCUUACAAUGUACGGUUCUUUGUGUUCCGACUGUCAAACACAAUGCAUGGUACCAAAUCAACUUGGCUACAAAAGUCAAAACAAAACUUUGUCAAUGUACUAUUAUUUCCCUGUGUAUUAUUUUCACACAUAAUGCCCAUGCUAGAAACUGCAGCUGUUUGUCAAUGUCCGCUGUGCCUGCUGACCAUGUGAUGGGCGGGGUCUUACAUAAGAGGUGGGGGGGCACUGCAAAGGCAACAUGCACACAAGGCUUUCCCCAACAUUCCAGCGUGCUGCUGUGAUGCUGUUUCAUGUCGAACGCCGCUUUGUGCGUGCUCUCUGUUCACACCAGGUGUUCUUUGCCCCUUGCCUGUGAGCUAUAGUGUACGUGUGCAACAUUAAAAAGCGAGUCAGGAUGC